AUGGCUCAAUAUACAACAGUAAAUCGUCUUUCCAAGUCAAAAGAUCAUCCUGGUCUGGAAUAUAUCAUCAAUCACAUAUUUCCUCCCCUCAAGUUACCGCAAGGGAGCAACCAAUCCCUUGAGAAUGACCUUGCCCUAUCUCAGGCAGUACUUGAUGCUGCUAUCAUCUUCAGUGACCAGCUGCCGUCCGAUAAGCUGCUGCUUUGGACGAGCAGCUUGAAAAUGCUUCACAAUCUCAAAGAUUCAAUCAGAUCCGACGUGAUGUCUGCAAAAGAAGUCGAAUCUCAAAUCAACGCUAUGAACGCUAAAGAUGUCCUUGUAUAUAUGAUUCGCGCGCAAAACGCUGCGGUGGUCAUGAGAAAACUCGAAUCCGAGACCAUAUUCGAGUCAUUUGAGGUCUCUCCUGACCCCACCGCAGUGAUGGGCGCAAAGGGAAAGCUGAUAUGUUCUUAUCCUGGACCUGCCAUCAGAGUCCCAGACAUGAACGUUGAUAACGCUACCUUUCCCGCCGAGCUGGCGAAUUUUCUCGUUCACAUGGAUCAAGAUGUACUCGAUGCAGCAGCGACGAGGACAAAGGCUAACUGUACUGUUCUCGAAGAGAGGGACACCACACAUCCGCGAUAUAUCACAGAGCUCCUGACCGGUAUACUGCGUGGCCUCGGGAGCAUCGCUGAUAUUCCUCGCAUCCGCAAGCGCAUCGGAGAUGAUGUGCUGUGGGACAGCGUGAAGUUGCCGUGGAGGCGGUCUCCACUUUGGCUUGUAAUUCGUGUUGCCUUACAGACGACUCUGGAGCGCAGUGCUCUCGGACGAACAACGUAUAAAUCGUUCAUACUGUUCUUCAUGGCAAGGCUCAUGACCCUUGCCCUCGACCAUGACUUAUCGAAUGACAUUCUACACUUCAUGUCGACAAAGAUUGCGCGCCGCCUUUUCAAGCUUGGACCCUCCUCAUCUCUGGAGUUGUCGCAGAUGGUCAAGCGUGCAACGGGCCUCGCCUCUUUGGGCUCCCAAGACCCUCCGAGUCUUACGAGAUACUCAUCUUUCCUUGAACACGAGCCGACAGUACAUAUACCAUGCUUUGCAGAACCAGCAUUCCUCCUCCCGAGCAACCCCAGCCACCACACACGCGGGACAAUCAAUAAUUUCCUUGACACCGAAGCUAGCUUCCUGAUAGCCGCCCAUGCCGCAGAACCGUCUCUUACACUCGUAGACUUCGAGACCGCUAUUGGAUCAGGGAUCGAUGACUGGGUGGCGCGCAUUCCACUCAGGAGUGUCGAUUCCGCAUGCGUCUCGAUUGAGGCGUGUGCAUCCGCGUACUCUUCGAGAGCGCUUACAGCUUAUAAAGGAAACCCAGAGAAUUUGUCUAUCAUGCUUCUCACCCUUUUUGAGCUCUGGGUAGCAAUGGAUAAACUCGUUGUUGAAAAAAUUCCACUCCUGGCAGAAUACUCCCCCGAAAUCCCAUUGACGCUUUUGGAGCGUCUUUUAAUCCGCAAAGCCUCUGUCCUUGGUCGUUUGAAGAAAUUGCACACCUACCUGAAAGCUCGUCAUUGUCAGGCUUCCAGCUGUCUGUCGGUAUUUACCGAUGAUGACGACGAAUCGUUCGCGGCGCAAUAUUUUCACCGGUCAUCCAAGCUGCAGAGUUUGAAGGCUCGUAUCGAGGCGGAUGGUCGGAAACAGCGGCAGGAGAAGUUAACCGAACUUCGGACCCUCCACAGAAGGUACCGUGACCUAACGACGCGCGCAGCAAGUUUAGAGCACGAAUACGGUGUCAACUCCCGCGGCUGGGAUUACCACAAGCACUGGCAAUGUGAAAAGUGUUACGUGGAGAAGGAGAUGAAUUCCAUGGAAAUUACAGUCUACGAGUGGCCACUACCAGAGCCUGAACAGGAGGCGAUUGUGGUGGUGUUUGAGUUAGCAUGCCCCAUUGCGUUCGACAUGUGGAGAUCCAUGACAAUUCAUGUCUUCGUUGAUAUCUGCACUCCAGAAAAGAUUUCCUCCACUUCCCCCUUCAUGACACUGCCUGAAUAUAAUGCCUUGAGGCAAUAUCGCACGUGUCAUCCAAGACAAAGGCUCACUUUGGCGUCAGAGGCCAAACCUUUCUCCAGGUCUCAUUACAGUGAGAUUCGCAUUUCUACGCUAAAAACCGAAGUCUGUGUGAACAACGGACUCAAUUUUUGGCCUUUCGACACAACGACAGGCGCAUGGGUGGCAGAUAUACCGCUAGAAUGCGAUGUCACCAAGUUGUGCACUUUCCUUCUUCCGAAGGGACCAUAUGAUGGUUUGCAGCAGUACCUUGCAGGGACAUCCCACACGUCAAACCAGGUCAUGGCCAAUCAGGCAGAUUGUCACAAAGACGUGACCAUCCACGAAUUCAUCGCGUUUGGAACCUUGCGGAGUGGACCGCAUUUGCAAUGGAUGAAUGUGCUGCGUGAACUCCAUGCAAGGACGCUCAAUUUUCGACGUGAGGAGAUCCAUCUACUGUUGGCCCAAGCUGUCUCACAGGCCGGCCCAUUUUCGUCCGACGACAGCCUUAUUUGGCAUGAGGAGUUGAACAGCGUGCCCUUCCUUAUUGCACUACUUGGAGAGCUGGAGGAGUUGAUGGCGAGCGUCGAAGGAAAUUGGUUGGAAGCUGUCACGAUCGACACUAUCAUCAUGCUUGUGUGCCGCGUCUUGUCCUCGACUCAGGAAGAGAGUGUGAAAAGUCGUGGACACACGCUCCUUCGAAGGAUACGAACUGCGACUUUUACGUUGCUGAUGCAACUAUCAGGGAAAAUGCAAGCCAGCAACGACGAGGCGGUCAGCCGGGAUUUGCAAGGGCGUGUUCGGGAUAUGGCAGUCACCUGUCGUAGCACUUUCGAUGUCGAUGGGGACGCUUCACUCCUCCUGACGUCGAACGACGACAUCAAGAUAUUUGUAUAUUGUGCGGUCAUGCUUUAUGACAACACUCCAAGCCAACUCGACAAUCUUUCACAAUAUUCCAAGCUACUGCUAGAGCGAGACAAUAGAUGUUGCCACGCAUUAGAACCCAUUAUCCGUCAAUAUGUAGAGCACCACAGGGAGGGCCUUGAUUGCGCCAUAGUCAAGAUUUGGGACAGCUACAGACCAGGAACUCCUUGGAGGGCACUUACGGCUCCGAAUUCUCGUUGGCUCAUGACACAAACUGCGCCUUCACAUUCCCAACUACCACAGGACGUACACAUCGAUUUGAUCAGCGGAUGCUUGCUUAUCGACGGGAAACAGCUGGGGAGGCUUCCUUCAAAAAUAGUGCAACAUCCUACUUACCAAUCGAUCUUCGGCGGUCAAGUUCUGGACAUCAUUCCAGCUGAUAUUCGUGGAAUGGAAUAUGCGACGCGCGGGAACUUCUGUGACCAUCAGGUGUCUUUCGCUCUCCUUGACUCGAACGAUCUCAUCAUCCGUGCGAAGCAUAUCAAACAUGACUCACCUAUCCUCCAACUCAUUCCGAGCCACAAAUUCGUGGAAGACCUGCCAACCCCCUUAGUCCUUCGCUCUCGUGACACAGACCUUUUGCGCGAGAUCAGUUCACUGUCAACUAGGCGCGUCUGGUACCCUAUUCAUCUUCAGAAGAUGCAGACAAUUUCGUGGUCAUGCCUUGCGCCCCUUGCACAGCACCAUGGUUUUCAUCCAGCCGCAAAAUCUAUCAUGGAUUACGGAAUGAAGCUUUCGACUUUCUCAGAAGGGUCUGCAAACCUUCAGGAACUUCCACGAUUCACCAACCACCUUCUUGAGCGCGCCUCAGUUCGUGCCUCGGCAAUCUAUCCUGAUCAGUUCUCUCUUUCACUUCCGCUCGGUGAUACAGAUGUCAUCUAUGCUUCACGUGAUAUUCCCGACAAGGUCGCAGAAGAGAGAGCAUUCCAAAUCACCUUCAUGGUGCAUCAGUGGUCAUGCAAACUUCCAGUGCAACAGAAUCUCCUUGAUUUGUUGACUCAGUGGCAAGAUGUCCAGGGUAUUGGCGAGCCGCUCAGCUUGCAGUACUCCAAAGACUGGCUUCAACCAAGUUUCCCUGAUGUCUUCCUUUCCGCGUACGAUUGCUGUCGUAAGGCUACAAAGAAAGACAUAUCUCGGCUGGUAUUCACCCUGGCUUCAUUAUCAUACAGCUUGUCGGAUGAUCAUGCUCUCGUGCCAACACUCCUAGCCUUCGCCACCGUUCCCAAAAUUCGCAGCCUGGGAGGCCCUCCAAAGUUCACCUCCUAUGAUCUCUCGGAUGGCUUCAUGCUGUCCGAUACGAGAUUGGACGAUAUCAUCAGUUCGUACUCCAAAGAUUACGAAAACAGCCAGGAGAGACAACUGCCUGCAAUGCCUGGCGAAGAUGAAAAGACUCUGGGGAGGCGUCGUUAUUCAGCUUUCGAAGACAGGUGUCGCUCUGAGAAACAAGUCAUUCUCAGCAAAGUUCAGAAUGCCUGGCCAUGCGAAAAUCCUCCGGCACUUGAUACGCUGCAAGCGAAGUGCUACAAUCUCAAUGAAUUGUCAGGGAAACUUUCCCCAGUAUUUCGCAGCUGUUGGCGAAACCGUUGUCUGGAGCUACACCUGGAUACCCUGCAGGAGACGCUCAGACCAUUCUACACGCCAAAUCCUCCUUCGAAACUACCCUCUCAAUAUGAUCUCAAUUCUUACCUUGAGGACUCGCAUGUUGCAUCACCGGCCUCAUCUGUUGAUGCCAAGUACCUGUUCAAUAGAGAUCCGCCUGUGACAAGCAUGUGUGGGUCUUCGCAAUUUCUGCCCAAUGCCGAUCGGAGAGAUUUGGUAUCUUCAGACUCCCGAGUCGCAGCAGGGUUGCAACAGCUGAUCAACGAUUUUCGCACACGAGGAAGUGACAAGUUUUGCCGCAAAUAUGCUGACGAUCUGUACAAGAGCAGGUCGAUUUACUGUCACGAAGAGAUUGUUGCCCCACCAGAUUCUACGCCAUAUACAAUGGAACUACUGCUCGAGAACCAUCAUCUCCAUAGCCGGCAAUUCCAAGACCACUUGCAUCUAUCACACACACCCUCUCCCCCGCCUCUGCUGCUGAGAACACGUUAUAUAAUGCUGGAUUAUGGCCUCGAGUUACACCAAGUUUCCUUUUCACACGCAUGGCUUCUACAGCAGGAAAUACUUUUGCAACUGCAACGCUCGCGAAGGCUGUUGGUGUUUGCUGCCAACACAAAUUGGGUCGAGUUCUUCAAGGAGUUGGAGAGCGAAGGAUGUGUAGGAUUUGAUCCAGAGCUGUACCCUGAUUGGCUCUUAAUACAGAUUGAAAGUCAGUUCUUGGCACGGCCGGUCCAGGUCAAGGUCGCGCUGGAGAUGAUGUCACCAUGCACAGGAGGAAAUACUUCUCUCCAACUGAACAUGGGCGAAGGCAAAUCCUACGUUAUCGUUCCCCUCAUAGCAGCCGCACUUUCUGAUGGCCACAAACUGGUCCGAGUAAUAGUGCUGAAGUCGUUGUCGGCUCAGAUGUUUCAACUCUUGGUCGAACGACUAAGCGGCCUCGCACAAAGGCGCAUUUUCUAUAUCCCAUUCUCCCGCGCACUCUCUAUCAACUCAUCGAAGGUGCAAAUAUAUCGUGACUUGAUGCAGGAGUGCAUGGAUACCAAGGGAAUCUUGGUUGUGCAACCGGACCAUAUUCUCUCAUCCCAGCUGAUGGCUGUCGACCGUCAGCUUUCCCCUCAGAUUGAAGCUGCUGAAGACAUGCUGCAGACUCAGUUUUGGCUCCACAAUCACACAUGCGACAUCCUGGAUGAAAGCGAUGAAAUUCUGCAUGUCCGCUACCAGCUGGUGUACACUGUGGACGACAACGCAACAAGUGUUGAGUCUUGUUGGAAGCAUGCCGCUCGGCUCAUGAGCGAAUUUCCGUCUCAUUCAGAAGUGUUCACUCCUGAGCAUGGAGGGCUCCCCUUCGUUCGCGUCCUGCACUCGACAGCAGGUGAAGCAUUAGUCCAAUGGAUUGCAGAGGAUGUCAUCAAUAGCGCGCUUGAAAACAUCAACUUCGAUCAAGCAUCUCCCUAUGUGAAAGAAGCUGUUUGCCGCUUUGUCGCAACUGAGAAGAUAUCCAGCGCUUGUGUUAGCACAGUGAAGAAUUGCUAUGGAGACACUACGGUCUGGCCAGGCCUCCUAGUCCUGCGUGGAUUGCUGGCAUGUGGUAUCUUGGUGUACGCCCUCAAAGAACGUCGCUGGCGCGUGGACUAUGGCCUCACCCAAAAACGAACGAAGCUAGCUGUGCCAUUUCGCGCAAAAGACAUGCCCUCGCUACGGGCGGAGUUUGGCCACCCAGACGUUGCUGUGACCCUCACGUGCCUGUCAUACUAUUAUGGGGGUCUCACGCUCCAGCAGUUGAUGUUGUGCUUCGAGCUCCUGCUCAAGCAGGAUAAUCCUACCCUCGAGUAUGAAUCUUGGGUUGCUAGACUUCAGUGCAUCCCAGAAAGUCUGCGUCAACUUAGCGGAAUCAAUACAGAAUCCGCAGAGCAGCUCUGUGACCUUCAACGACUGUUCGAAUUCAACAAGGCGGUCAUAGAUUUCUACCUGUCCCGAGUAGUCUUUCCCAAGGAAGCGAAGGCAUUCCCCAGCAAGCUCACCUGCUCCGGGUGGGAUCUCGCUCAAGAGAAGAGACAUAUCACCACUGGCUUUUCCGGUACCAAUGACAAUCGUUAUCUUUUACCAAGCUCGAUGGUGCAGCAUGACCUCGAUUACCAACGCAGCACGAAUGCCCGCGUCCUGGCAUUCCUUUUGUGCCCAGAAAACAAUUGCUACAGACCCAUACCGUCUGGCCAGAAGAUACAACAUUUCAUUGAUACCUUAAUCGCACAAAUCCCCGAGGUCCGCGUGCUCCUGGAUGUUGGUGCGCAGAUGCUGGAAUUGAAGAAUCAGGAAUUGGCCGAGACAUGGCUUCGAGGCAAAUGCGAUGCCCAAGCCGCAGUCUUUGUGAACGAUGACGAUGAAAUCGUUGUUGUCAGUCGGGAUGGGACAGUGGAGCCCCUUGUGUCGUCCCCCUUUGCCCAACAGCUUGACCAGUGUGUGGUCUAUCUGGACGACGCGCAUACCAGAGGAACAGAUGUUAAGCUGCCUUCUGGCUUCCGAGCUGCUGUCACACUUGGUCCAAAAGUCACCAAAGACCGCCUGACGCAAGGAUGUAUGCGAAUGCGGAAGUUGGGCAAUGGUCACUCGGUGAUGUUCUUCGCUCCGACGGAAGUUGACCGAAGCAUUCGCUCGGCGACUCAGAAGGCUGAUACAGACCGUGUCGACAUUGCGGAUAUCCUGCACUGGGCAAUGCUCGAAACCUGUCUUGAUAUCCAGGUGCGUGCAUCACACUGGGUUCAACAGGGAUCAGAUUUCAGUAUACGACAUUCCGCAUGGGCUAAAUUAUCACGUACCUCCACUUCGAUCUCCACCCUGAAGACCGCCUGGUUGCAGUCUGAGGCGCGUUCAUUAGAGGAUAUGUACGCACCACGUAGUCCUUUGCAGAUAUCCCACGUUUGGGCUGCAGACAUUCAAAGAAAGUGCAAGGAGCUUGGAGUUCUGACGGGACCAAAAAUGAACAUGGAUGAGGAACAAGAAAGGGAAGUAGUCCAUGAGGUGGAGAGAGAACAUCAAGUUCAAAGACCAUCCAAAGUGCAAUCUGCAGCUCAGGACUUGCAUGCGCACGUUCGCCAAUUUGUCAGGACCGGUCGAAUUCCUAGAAAGUCCCCUGCAUUCAUUCCGGCGCUAUCUAGCCUCAUCAACACUACUGCUGAAUUUCACGAGGCCAAUCAGUGGGCGCACAAUUUUUUAGUCACCCGUGACUUCGCUCGUACGGUGGAGACUGUCCUUACCAUGCAGAAAGCAGAUGAAUACCUGCGGCCCGUCAAUUGGAUCGUGCUCGGUGACGUUGGAGUGCUGGUAAUCAUGAGCCCGAACGAAGUGGAUGCACUGCUGCCUGAUAUCCGCAACAGCAAGGCAGUUCAGUUAUGCGUAUAUACCCCUCGGACCACAAACACGAUGAAGGCAUGCGAUGAUCUUCGACUCUACCGUGUUCCUUCGACGUCACAUCUGACAUCAUCGGAACCGCUGAUUUGCCAGCUCAACCUUUUUGCGGGUCAACUCUAUUUCUCCAGUUACGAGAUGUAUCUCCGCACUUGCAACUUCUUAGGGCUCAACGCGCCGGAUUUGAGGGACAAGGACUUGAUAGCCGAUAGUGAUGGAUUCAUUAGGAAGAAUCGCCCUUCUGCCCGAGCAUCGUGUUCGUUCAAGCGAUCCCAAGUUCCUCCGCUGAAGGAGUUGUUUGGAAUGAGAAGGAAAGGCAUGGGGUAUUUGCCAACUCACCUCGGAAAGAUGUUCAAUGGCCGCAUUCUGACCGAGGGGGAUUUUCUCGACUGA